ACUGGUGGGUGGCACUGGUGGGCAGCACAGGUGGGUGGCACUGGUGGGCACAGGUGGGUGGCACUGCUGGACACAGGUGGGUGGCACUGCUGGGCACAGGUAGGUGGCAUUUCUGGGCACAGGUGGGUGCACUGCUGGGCACAGGUGGGUGCACUGCUGGGCACAGGUGGGCGGAGCUUGUGGGUGGCACUGCUGGGCACCGAUCAUCAGGGGACUGAUCAUCAGUGCCCUGAUGAUCGGUGCCGAUCCCCGCUCUGACAACUGCCUGUCCUCGGCAGUACUUUCCUCACGAUCUGACAGCGUGAGGAAAGUGCAGCCGAGAACCGGCACUAGCAU